CCCAGGAGGCCAAUGGCCGGAGGGGGCGGGGCGGCGCGGCCUGCAUCUGGCCCGCGUUCCCUGCGCACUCCGUGCCACCGCCGCGCUCGGAGCUCGGAGCUCGGAGCUCGCAGCUCGCUUCGCCCUGCGCCUCUGUCGCCGCCGCCGCUGCCACCGCCACCCGCACACCCUUGGCGCGUCCACGCACCGCUCCGCUCCUUGCAGCCGGCACAGAGUGCGCUUAUCGCUCGUUCAGGGCAGCGUGUCCCCGUUGCAGCCCCUCGGCGAUGGCCACCAAGAUCGACAAAGAGGCUUGCCGGACGGCGUAUAACCUGGUGCGCGACGACAGCUCGGCCGUCAUCUGGGUGACUUUUAAAUACGACGGCUCCACCAUCGUCCCCGGCGAGCAGGGAGCGGAAUAUCAGGACUUCAUCCAACAAUGCACAGAUGACGUCCGAUUGUUUGCCUUCGUGCGCUUCACCACCGGGGAUGCCAUGAGCAAGAGGUCCAAGUUUGCCCUCAUCACCUGGAUUGGCGAGAACGUCAGCGGGCUGCAGCGCGCCAAGACGGGCACCGACAAGACCCUGGUGAAGGAAGUGGUGCAGAAUUUCGCCAAAGAGUUUGUGAUCAGUGAUCGGAAGGAGCUGGAGGAAGAUUUUAUCAAGAGCGAGCUCAAGAAGGCCGGGGGUGCCAAUUAUGAUGCCCAGACGGAGUAACCCCCGCACCCCGCGCCUUGCCAAAGUCAUCUGCCUGCUCCCCGGGGGAGGGGACCGCGGCCUCAGCUACCAGCCCAUCAGCCCACCAGGGAGAGGAGACGCGAUGAGAGGCAACGCCCGCCACCCCGUCCGCAACCCAGCUCCCCUCCCCGCUUCCCCUUGUGCACCUGCUGUGUCCCGUCCCAUGAAGCUCAUGGAACAUCUUUCUUUGCUUUUUUUUCUUUUCUCCCCCUGACCCCUUUCUUGUUCUAAACAAAAAUCAUUUGGAUGCCAAGGUCACGCACAUCACCAGAUCGGAGGUGCCUCCCGCGGUGACCCUCUCCUGGCAUUUCUUAACGCACAGGCAGCCUGCCCGGCCUGACCCAUCAACCUCGCGUCGCUUCUGGUGCCUGGGCCAGUGUCGCUCUCUUGUUUUCUUUUUUUUGGCGCCCGCCUGCUUCCCACGGAGGAGGCAGCCACGUGGGGAGCCCGUCCUCAUCGUGCCCUUGUCGCGCCCCGCUGGCCAGGCUCACAUCUCCAGGAGUCCCUCCGGAGGCCCCCCCACCCCCCACCUCCAUUCCAAGUUGCCUAAGCUCCAUGUCCAUCAGAGACGGUGCUCGGUGGAGAGAUGGGCAGCCCUGACUCAGACCGAAGGAGGAGAGAGGAAAAUCUGCCACCCGUCAGAAGCGGCCCGUUCCCCAGCCUUGGGAUGGCGCUCUCGGGAUGGCGGGGGGUGGGGGCAGAGGUCUGAGUCCAGAUUCGACGGGAGGUGCUCAGGGCUCACAUCCUCGGGCUCCCCAAGUGACGAGGACAUUAGGGGUGCAGAAUGGGCAUUUAGGUCAAAGCGGUCCUCUGCACGACAGCACAGACAGCAGGGGACAGAGGCUCCCUGCUCCGUCACGGUCACCACAGCUGUGUGUGCAGCCCCCCCCCACUGGGGGGGGAACCAGAAAGUCUAUGGUUUUAAUCCUCGGUGGCACCUCACACAAAAAGGAUGUUUUUUUUUUUUCAAAGAAAGAUGAGGUUGGCUUGGUUCUUCAUGCCCAUGUUAGGUAGGGCUCUUUUUCUCUUUUCCUUGCUCGUUUCGUCGGGGGACGUCUGUGCUGUGCUGGGGUGGUGAAGGCAUCUGCACUCAAAACGGUUUACAGAAAUAAAUUUUUGUUUUGUUUUGUUUUUCAAAAAA